AUGCGUCUCGUCGUUGCUACCAUCACCUCUUUCGCCGCUAAUGCCUUCGCUCAAUCGCACGGCCAGAUCCUGGAAACCCCCGUUGACAUCUACGACUUCUGGGACGUGGCAGGCGCGUGGAUCACCUUCACCUACGGCAGUGACGAUGGCACCUACUAUUGCAAACGGACUGACGCUACCCUCCCCACGCCUCCAAAGCCUUGCGGUCCCGACGAGUCUUCCGUCUUGGAGGACGAGAAUCACCCGUGUGGCCUGAACAUUACGUAA